GUUCAACUCUCGCUCGUCAGAUCUCCACACCCUCAUAGCUGACUUUCAUACCAUGCCCGACGUUAUCCUUGUUACCGGCGGCACUGGUCUCGUUGGCCGUGGCAUCAAAUGGGUGAUUGAAAACGAGCCCGAGGGAUCGCGCUUUGGCAAGCGUCCUGGCGAGACCUGGAUCUUUGCAUCGUCUUCUGAAGCCGACCUCAAGGAUCCUGAGCAGACGAGGAAGCUGUUCCAAAAGUACAAGCCUACUCAUGUCAUUCACCUCGCGGCUCUUGUGGGCGGUCUAUUUAAAAACAUGAAAUACAAGCUUACAUUUCUUCGUGACAACAACCUCAUCAACGACAACGUUCUCCACACAUCAUAUGAGACGGGCGUCAAGAAAGUCAUUUCCUGCCUGUCGACAUGUGUGUUCCCCGACAAAGUUACAUACCCAUUGGACGAGACGAAAAUUCACCUUGGCCUGCCCCACGACAGUAACUUCGGUUACGCGCACGCGAAGCGAAUGGUUGAUGUUGCAAACCAUGCCUACAAGGACCAAUUCGGCUGCAACUUCACCUCUGCUAUUCCCACCAACGUCUUUGGCCCUUACGACAACUAUGAUCUUGAAGGUGCACAUGUGAUUCCCGCAUUGGUGCACAAGUGCUAUCUUGCGAAGAAAAACGGCACGCCCUUCAUUGUUGGGGGUACUGGUAAGCCCCUCCGGCAGUUCAUCUACUCCCGCGACCUCGCCAAGCUCUUCAUCUGGCAACUUCGCGAGUAUGACGAUGUUGAACCUGUGAUCCUCUCAGUUGGUGAGGAUGAAGAGGUUAGCAUUAAGGAUGUCGCAGACGCGAUCGUUAAGGCCGUGGACUUCCGGGGCGAGUACUCUUUCGACACUACCCGUGCGGACGGCCAGUUCAGGAAGCCUGCCACCAACAAGAAGCUGCUAAGUCUCAUCGGCGACUUCGAGUUUACGCCUUUCCAGAAAGCUCUGGACGAGUCCGUUCAGUGGUUCCUGCAGAACUACGACACUGCACGGACGGGGGUUAAGAACUCGACUUAAUCCCGUGAAGGAAAGCCAUACAUGGCUGGGACCUUCGUAUCCAGCUAAUAAGCGGACAGCGCCAUUUGUAAUUUACCACUUGCACAACAGACGAUACGGGCACUUUGGAUACAUGGGCGCCUGUUGCGUCAGUGUGACGCCUUGUCUGUGACCCCUACGAUGCCCACAAUGCUGCAUAUGUGCUGACUAUAUGCUCUUGCCAGAGUUCAUGUGUGCAAUCACUGACGUUCUGCUCAUAUAGGUUGUACGGACCCCGCCACGAAGCCUCGAUAGCACGCAUUGCGAUAACGGCUGCCAGCUCCUCCUGUCGGCCUUAGCUAUAGGUCAAUCUCUCACCUCAUCUGUCAAAAGCGAGGCAGAUGAGACCUGCAUCAUAGAAGUCGAGUCAAAAUUCGUCGUUGUCGAAGCUCACUGGCAAUUACUCCACCGCGAUCUCCAUGAAAUCUCGAUGUUGUUGUGUUCAUUGGACGAGCACAUCCAUCAUGUUCGAGGAAAAGGUGAUCGUGGAUCAGACCACACGUGCCCGGGAUGCAAUCGCACGCAAGGAUGAGCUGGAGAGGAGGAGGCGUCUCGCAUUGCUGAUGCCCUUGGUCUAGCGCAUUGCUUCAAGGAGUAGGUAGCUAGAGCUGUUGAAGCGUGCGACGCGUUGUAUUAGGAUGAUGUAACUCCUCUCGCGUAGGCUCUGUCAUUAAGAUAUAGCUUGAGAAACACAAUAGUACACUGGGUUCACC